AUGCCUCGGGCUCCAGUCGCUGGUCGUGAAAUUCGUCGUCGUAGCAGGAAUGGGUGUUGGAACUGCAAGGCUCGCAAGGUGAAAUGCGGAGAAGAGAAACCCCGCUGCAGCAACUGUGAGCGACUCGAUGAGGAUUGCGAUUACAAGAUUCGGCUAUCAUGGGGUGGUCGCCCAUUGAAGAAGAAGCAGCUUGAGAACGGGACCAACGGUCAAGAUCCCAAUCCCGACGACCAGUCACAGUUUAUUCCCGGUGCUGGCCAAUUCUCCAUUAAUCAACAUUUCCCAUCACCGCAAACCUUCGUACAGACCACGCAUAACAAUGGUACAACGCGGAAGGCCCCCGUACCUAGGGUCGGUAGUGGAAAGAAAACAACCAUGUCAAACUAUCAGACUGUAUUUUCGGUAGCAGAGCCUCAAACCCCUCCUCAACCUAUAAUGCAAUCGUCUACAGUACAAUUGGAUCCCCAAUUGAGAAUGACCAAUGGACGUCCACCUCCAUUGCAGCCUCAAACGCCUAUAAUGCACCCGCAGAAUAGGCCAAAUCCUUACGAUUGGGAACAAAACCUUACCCCUACAACUGCUACUCCCCAUUCAACUGGUUAUAAUGAUGACGUUGUCUAUAAAACGGAGCAUCAUCAACAGGGUAUCUACACUCCAUACACGCCAGUGUCUGGGUCUUUUGUCACACAGAUCGCGUCACCUGUGUCAAGUCAUGGGAACGGAUAUGUCCAUAGUCCUCCAGGCUCAGUGACUAGUCCCACACACUAUUCUCAGCCUCAGAACUCUCCCCCAUUGCACCAGCAACAAAAGAUUUACCAUGCACCACCGCCAAUCCUCCAAACCCCCACAAAGAGAAUCCGUACUAGCACUUCGCCCACACAGCCUGCUCCAAAUUCACCGUAUAUUUACGGCAAUAUGAAUGGGCAUUCUGUAACUAUGCCACCACAUACUACCUCGAUUGGAACAGCUUUGAGCUACAUGCCAACAUCAUCAGGCGUUUCGAUGGAACAUCACCACAUGGCGUUGAUGGACCAUUCCGCUGUAUCGGGUGUGGGGGUAAACACCAUCAUGCGAAGGGUUUCUGUUGAGAACCUACUUGCCGCACCCUUACCUAAUCCGGAUAGCAGCUACGGUUAUGUUGACAGAUAUCCCACCUCAGAGAUGGAUGAAUUCAAGCAAGAAGAUAGUCCGAAAGGCAUGAGUUUUGGUGUGGAAAGCCCGAAGGCCAUGAGCUUUGGUGUAGAUCAUGGCAUACCAGAUAUGGAUGGGGACAGCGAUGUGGAAGAGAUUCCGCGACAUAAUUUUGGGGACUACUCCCAAACCAUGAGAAGAUUCGGCGGUUCGCGGGUGUACUCUAGUGGUGCCCGAAGUAAUGGGAUGUAUAUGAACCCCAACUCGCCAUUCUAUCCCGUGCAGAUCACCAUUCCCAGACGGCUUGAUCCGUUGCCGCAGCUACUGUUAUCAAACAAGAAGAAUAUGAUGUAUUUCCACCAUUACCUGCAUUACACUGCAAGGUUGUUGGUACCUCACGAUUGCUCCGAGAAUCCGUUCAAGAGCAUUUUGCCUCAGAUGGCCGUGCAAACGGAUCAUCUGAUGAAUCUGCUGCUUGCAUAUUCUGCCAGCCACCGGGCACGACUUCUCGACCAUAAGGAGCCUACAGAACGAAUUGGUAGGUUUCUGGAUGAAACUGUUCGCAGUCUUCAUGCAUCUCUGGACGAUCCCACUGAUGCCAAGAGCGACUCGACCCUCGCAACUGCCAUUAUGCUAUCGUCAUAUCAAAUCAUCUCGCCUAAUCCGUUUCACAUGAGCGGCCUGACCUGGCAAACGCAUCUGAGCGCUGCUCGGAAGAUUAUCCUUGCUCGCGGGGGUGCCCAGGGUAUGCACAGUAGAGACAAGGUGUCUUACUUUUUGGUGCGAUGGUUUGCGUAUCUAGACCUGUUGGGAAGCCUCAGUGGAAGAGAGAUCGACGAGCCGUUUUUUAGCGGCAAAUACUGGACCAACGACGAUGUGGAAGACGACGAGCAGGAGGAAUUUUCCGUCGAUUGCUUCUUCGGCUUUACAGGGAGAUGUGUCAGCAUUCUAGCGAAGAUUGGAGAAUUGGCGAGGCAAUGCGAGAGGGAAAAGAGAUUCCUGUUGGAUGAUCCCUCCAUGAUUUCAAGCCAUGGCCUAAGCUAUCGCGAACAAUUGGAAUUAUGGAGCCCCUCGCAGUCUAUCAAGAGCCAGGCCAUGGUGCUGCAAAAAGAAUUGGAGGAUGCUAAGGGCAAGGCGUCUGGCCACUGCAGCCACACACACCACCAGGGAAAACAUUUCCAGAUGGGUUCGCCUACGGAUGCGCUAGACGCUGGGGAACUUUUAGCCACCAACGGCGCGUUCCAUUGGGCGGCAUUGGUGCACCUGUACCGUCGCGUAUUGAACUACCCCACCAUGAACCCGAGUGUCCAGAACGCGGUUAGGGAAAUUGUCAACGCUAUGAAGAAUGUACGGCAGGGAGGGACAGCAGAGAAUUGUCUUCUCUUCCCGUUGUUCUCGGCUGGAUGCGAGGCGAUGGAAGAUAGACAUAGAGACUACACUCUACAGAGGAUGAUUGAGGUGGAAAAGAGUGGCCUGACUCAGGUGAGGCAUGCUAGAUUACUUAUGCAGCGAGUAUGGCAAGAGGACAGGCCAUGGUGGGAAAUGGCGAAUGGCGAGUUCAUCGGAUGA